AUGAUUACCAGCAUAAUUAGGAGGCCAAGAGUUUCUAGCGUUGCACUUAGGACUGCGAAGUAUAGUGUUGCAAAAUUUCACACUCCUUCCCCACUCAAUAAUAAGAAUGAUCUUCUUUUAAAAUAUCAAGACAAGCUUCAAGAGAAGGCAAGAUCAUUAGGAGCAAAAAACGUAGAUGAAUUAAGAGAUAUACUUAAAGAUGACAUUAAAAAGACGAAAGAAAGCUUCAACAAAGUUGAUCCUCUUGAAGCUUUAAAUGAAUAUGAGAGGAAGCAGUCUGAAGAGUCACGGCAAUCAAAGACUAUAAAAGUUAGGUCUCCAAUCUCUCAGGAAUCCGAACCCUUACCUUACAAAACUCUUGAUUCAUUCAUCGAUACAGACAAGAUCAGAGAACUACCAGCAACUGAAAUAGAAAUGAUUUGGAAGGCAAGGUUUCAACAUAAGGAUCGCUCCCUUUUUGCUACCUUGAAAAGUUUACAAUUUGCUUCGAUGUAUGCUAAUGCAUUUAAAAAUCCUCAAUUUAUAUUACCUUUACCAAAAAAUGAUGGUGAAUAUGAAAUGCAAUUUGUUCAAUGGUCUUUCGUUGGACCAAAUACUUGCCAUUGUAUGUUAACCACGGUUGCAGAAUACAAACUUCACAAAGAGUAUGCCAAACCACACACCACUCUCAUGUUCCAUCAGGAAUUAGCUACAACAAAAGAUAUAGUUUUGAUGAACGGAGUUAUAGAUAAAGAUGCAGCUCUUAGGAUUGACGAGGCUGAAUUAUUGGUCUUGAAUAUUCAAAGGUUUUAUGGAGCCAUGAAUAACGAUGAAGGAUCUGAAACGAGACAGGCACUUCUCGAAAAUUUUUCAAAGGGAAGCGAAGAUUUCUCUUUAGAUGCUUUGAUAAAAGUGGCCGAAACAUUUAAUUGA